UCUGUAAACAUACUUUUUAUUAUUAUUUUUUUAGAAUAUGGAUUUAUCUAAAUACAUUAGAUUUUAUUUUGUUGCAGGGCUAAACAGACUUGAAUUUAAUUUCGGAUUUCGGUAUAGUUUUCUUUAAAUUAUUUGAAUAGAUUUGGCAUGGAGAAAGAAACACGUUUGGUUAACUACCAAAAAAACAUUGAUAGUGAUUUGUUUGAUAGCUUAAAUAAAGGUUAGACUAAAAUCCGGGACAACAAAGACUGAUUAAUAUAGAAAACAAAAAGUAAUUGAAAUCGACUGAGAGUUGGCGAUGUAUAUAUAUUUUCGGUAUUUGUUGAAAAGGAUUAAUGUAUCUAGAUCAACCGUUAACAAAAGUACUCCAUAAAACAUGAUUGUUUAAUUUUGUAAUCGAAUUUUGGUAUGGUUUUCAUCAAAUUCAUAGACACACAGAGUCACUGACACACACUCGAGAGCAAGUUGAUUGGGGGCACAACUUCCCACAAAUCUAUUGGCUGAAAGUUAAUGGCAGAAGGGGCACAACUUCCCACAAAUCUUAAGCCAUUUGGAAUUGGAAGUACCAACUCAGAGUUUGUGCGAAUCAACGGACUCGAUAAGUCAUAGUAGUUGAUAGUUUAUGUACGUAUAUAACUCAUUUAUUUAUCUACUAGUAUGAGUCUUUCUUUGGUUUGAAUGUUGAGAUUAGUAUGAGUUAUUUAUGUGAACGAUUAGGCCUUUGAAUAUCUUUAUCCAGAUAUUAGUGCGAUAUAAUUCUAGUAAUCAAUACAUCUGAGCGACAUGGUUUACAAAACCAUAUGCCUAUCAUUGACCAUCACACAAAGCCAAUUUUUUUGUAGAAUAAAUAAAAAGGAAUUAUUUGGGUGGUGAAUUUCACACAAAGCUAACAGUUUCUCUCUUUUUCUGUAGUCUGUGCCUCUAUGGGGUUUUAGAUGAAUAGUAAUCUUUAAUAACACUAAAAAGUUAACAUUCAUUUUAAUGCUAAGUAAAAUUAGUCGGUUUUUCUUUCAAGGUUACAAAAACCUGUAUACCUAAAUAUGUAGUAUGUAAAUAUUCCUCUAUAUCCCCAAAUUUAAGCAAAAAAAAAAAGUAUUCCUCUAUAUCAUAAGUAUGUUAUACGAUAGUUGGAAAACUUUGGGGAUAUACGUAAUUAUCAAAAAAAAAAUUAGGAGUAAGUACGUAUCGCUAUCAUAGAUUCUUUGUAGUGCCUUAAUAAUGGAUCAUAAAGAGGUCUUUCUGCUGUGGACGCAAUUUAUUUCACGGUCAGUUCAUACAAAAGGCCAUAUUCUUUUUAUUCCUUAAGCGAACUUUGAAUGGCUGUUAAAAGAAAGAGAAAAAAAAAAGAGAAAAACAUAUCUUGGUAGGAAUAUUAUUUUGGUUAAAGCUUGACUAAUAGUUCCAUCAGAAGAAUAAUUGACUGAUAAGAUAUAUUUAAUAUCAAACCUUGUAAUAAGAUACUAUAAGAAUUUUGCAUAAAAGAUAAUAUGUAUUGAUGGUUUAACUCCACUGGCUCCACAGCGCGGUUCGAUAUGGUUAGCCAGAUCCCGAACCAUGAUUGGUUAAUCGAUUUGGUUUGCAACGUAGUCGAAUGCUGGAUUAAUAAUAAAUAUAAACCAGGUUUGUUUUGCGUGAUGCUUUUGCGGCAGUAGGAGAGUGGCACGUUAGAAACCGUAGUCACAACUCACGCAUACGUUAAUAUUCAUGGGCUUAAAGAUGGCCGAACUAAGCGCGUACCACUACUGAGCCUUUUUAAACUGAGCUCAUGAAGAUACUGAAAUUUGUAGGUGCUUCGGAAACUCGUAUUUUAAAAGUUUUUAAAGUGCAACCAGUAAAGUUCUAAAACAAAGAGCUCAGAGGUUCUAUCGAAAAAUAUAACUUGUUCAUCGUGGUAAUUUUUCAAAUAUAAUAGAUAUUAUUAAGUAUUAAUUUAUUAGAUAUGAUCGUCCAAAUUUAAAAUAACAUGUAUGUAUAGUUAGUUAUUUUAUGUUUUUGAAUAUAGUUAUUUUAUAUGAACGUUCAAAACUAAUUAUGCCCGUUUUGGUGCCUAGGCACUGGCCACUUGAUAUUAGAACCACUACACUACUGUCGAGCAAUUUUCAAACAUUUAUAAACAAGAAUAUCUAUACAGACAGUGAAACACUAGGUUACAAUCUAUAAUGGAUCUAAUCUUUCCAGCAAAGAUAUAUCGCGAUCAAUAAGAUGCGAAUAAGACCAAUUUUUAAAUUCAUAGCCUCUAACUCUAAGAAAGAAAUAUGCAUAUAGACAACUAAGACCAGGGUGUAAACUUAUACUCGGUGUCAUUCCAGCAUAAUUACACGUACGUAGCUCAGUAGCUCACGUUGGGUAAGAGUGAGAAAGACAUUUGAUCCAUAGACAACGCUAAAACCCAACUUUCAAAAAAAAAAAUCGCUAGAGGGUAAAUAUGCGUGUUUUAUAGAAGAUUAGUGCAUAGACAGUAAUUAAAACACUGGUUUAAACUUAAAGUCUCAUCAAAUGGAAAAAUGUCACAUGCCUUACAGGCUACUCAUAGCACAUCUAAAUGAGUGACACAGUCGGUAGAUAUAUUAUAUGUAUAACCCUAACCGUUAUCACAACAACAUAAAGAAAAGAAACAAAUUUGAAGGCAUCAUUCAAGCUUAAUGUCCAACAAGAAGAUAUUUACGGACAUUCACAACAGGAUUAUAUCUCUUUGCAUCCCUGUUUUUGCUUCACAUUUCCUCAAGAGUCGGUUCCAGUUUGCAUCUAUACGAGAAAAGAAAGAUACAAAUAAUAACUUAAUUAAACUUGAGUUCUCGUAGAAAUAACCGGAAGCAAACGUAAAUAGAAAAAUGUAGGGGUAGAAGGAGACAAUGGAAUUUUCAAAUCUCUGCAUUUUAAUAAAUUACAUCGUCCCUUCUUCCAUAUUUGUUGGUCCACCAAAAUCUUUUUGCACCUAAACAACAACAUCAAAUUCAAUGCCAUUAUUCUGUUUCUUUUUUUUCGAUGUUUAUUUAAUUUGAUUUCUUUACAUUUGUAUUUGCUCUUUUCGUCUUUUUCACAAACUAAUAACCUUUUUGUAUUGAUGUUUCAUUAUUUUUUGUAAAAGAUAUUGAUGUUUCAUUAUACGGGGGAGAAAAAUGAUUGUAGGAACUAGGAACGAAAUAAUAAUAACGAUAUGCAUAUUGUAUGUACGAUAUGCGUAUCCAUGCUUGAAGGUCAACCAUGGAACCAUAAUGAUGUUGUCCUCGAUUACAUUAUAACCGUGACUUGUUUUUCAAAUGGUUCGGGCUUUUCUUUAGAAGAAAAAUAAUUCCUUACUUUGAAGUUUCAGUUAUUACCAAAUGUUGAGUUUAUUAAUAUGGUUCAAUGUUUAUUUUCGUUUUCUUUGGAUUCGUCGUUUAUUACAUUUAUUUAUUUUUCAAUUUGGAAUUCUAUUAAGUUGAGGUAAGAGUUCAAAUGGUCAAAAUAUAUGUCCUUUUUGUGAACAACUUCCAUCAUUAUAUUACAUGUAUUCCUCUAAUCCAAGUCCUGUGUAAUGAGUCUAAUGACAAAUUUAAUGGGAACCAACGACUUCGGGACUUGGGAUUUCAAACUAGUAAGCAUGAAUACAAAGUGGUCUCGAAUGGAUAUAAAGUUAUACCAUAUGGUUUGGUAAAGAGUUGAUAUGAAAGAUGCACUAACAUAUAUACACCAAUAUAUAUGCACUAUAUAUAAACAUACACAUAUAUAAUAGAAAGAAAAAAAAAGGUAAAGAUUUCAGAAAUGGCAAUGGAGGUAUUUUCAGGGAAAUUUUUUUUUUUGAAAAAAAAAAUUCAGGGAAAUUUUAACCAACUAAAAGUAAUGGAUUCCAAGUGACGUCUUUCAUAGAUAUAUAGUAAUCCUAAUAUAUUUCAUAAUUAAUCGAUUAAGCUUUUCCCCUAAGUUGGAGAUUCAAUAGCAAAAUUUCAUUAAUAAGAAAACAAAAAGAAGAGAGUUCAUAUAUAUUUGUUGGCUUGACCUCGCUUGGUCAAGAGUCUUUGAAACUUACUUGUAAGAAGAGUAUACAUAUAUAUAUAUAUAUAUAUAUAUAUAUAUAUAUAUAUAUUUGUUGUUGGCUCGAGACCAAAGCGUCGGAGAAUCAAUAAGCCAACAAGAUUUUCGUUGAAGAAUCUGGUCGAAGAGGGAAGCUACCGAAGGAUGAAUUCAAAGGGAUAGCAUGAUCCAAAAUUAACCAAUAAUUUUGUUGGUAUUUCUUUUGCCACUAACCAAGAUAAUAAUCGGGAAAAUUCACCUUAAUUAGGAUCAAUGCGAUCCCUUUGGAUCCUUCCUCUAGUUGCUAUGAAGAAUUUUGUUAUCUCUCUCUCUCUAGAAGUUUAAGAGCAAUGUAUGUUUUCUUAGAUGCUUUGUUAUCCUUUUAUCUUUUUUAUUUUCCACCUUCCUCUUGUUUGUUGUUCUAUACUAUCAUUUUAUCUAUUUGCACAUUUGGGUUUUCAUUUUUAUGUUGACUUAAGGAAUAAACCAGACGUCUACGUUUCUAAAUACGUAUGUGGUUUAGUUAAUUUUUGCUAUUAUAAUUUAUUUUAUUUUGGUAAGAGGAUUGAUUGAGUGGCAAUAUCAGUUAGAUUAUGUGAUGAUUUUGCGGUAAAAAAGAAGUUCUAUAUUUUUGAAUGAGUUAACAGUAAUAUUUUUAAAUAUUUUGUAGCAGUUUUUAAAAAGGAUAACUAAGUAUGAUAUUUGUACGAAUAAAAAAUAUGAUUUUUAUAAUAGAUAGAUUUCAUGAAAACACACUAAGAGAUACUUUUUAAUAUCACUUAAGGAUUACCAUCUAAAAGCACAUAUAAACAUAAACGUAAAUCUAAUUAAUAAUGAUCCUAAUUGUUCUUUAACAAAAAUCUUUUCGUGAGGCUAUUUGUCUGUUAACAUAUAUGAUUGGAACUAUUUUAGCAGAUUUUAGCAAAAAUCUUUUCGUCCGUUUAUAAUUUGUUGCUAAGGGACUUGCAAAACAUAACAUUUCUCAUAGUUAAAGUUUACAAAAAAUUUAACUAUGAGAAAUGUUAUGUUUAAACGGACGGUGUUUUUUGGUGGUGUAGUGAUGUAUACCAAAAAACUCAGAGUUGGUGGAGUGAGGAUUUCUUUGGCAGAAGGAAGCAACCAUGCUGCAGUAAGUUACGUCUAUGGUAAGUUUAUAAAAAUUUGGGAUUGAUUGUUUGAGCCUGUUACAAUAAAAAAAUUGGCUUUAACAUUUUUACAAUUCUUUUAGAUUAAUUUAUGAAAUCUUUUAGUUGAUUGGAUAAAAUCAUUAAAGAAUCAUUUUAACGCUUUUAACCCAAAAAAAACAAUGAAACUACUAAAAUGUUUAAAAUUUUAUAUCCAAAAUAUGUGUUUUUGGUGAGACAAAGCAAGAGAUUUACUUGAGAAAUUAACUACCCAAACAAAGAAUCACUUUAACGUUUUAAACCCAAAAAAAUAAUGAAGCUACUAAAAUCUUCAAAAUUUUAUAUCCAAAAAUAUAUGCUUUUGGUGAAACAAAGUAAGAGAUUUACUUGAGAAAUUAACUACCAAAACAAAGCACACUAUCCCCCCCCUCCCCCGGUGGGUGACACUAUUUAUUAUUUUGUCUUUAUUGAACUUUUGUUGGCUUAUUUUAAUAAUGCAAAGAGAAGUGUGGUCCAUCAAUGUUCCCCUUCUCAAGUGGCACCAAACCCUUCGUAUAGACUCUUCAAAUAUGAUUCGAGUGGUGCAUGCCAUUGAUUCACAACAAAACGUCAAAUGGUGUUUUAUUUUUGCAGCUGUUGUAUGAUACUUCGAAACUUAAAUUAUUCUCUCGUUAUGAUAGUUGCAAUCAUAUGCCCAGAUUCAGAUCAAAGAUAUGGUUAUAUGCUUGAUGCUCCUAAAAAAAAUUAAUAUAUUAAGAAAAUUAAGACAGCUCAGACAGAAGCAUUAGAUAUAACACAGUCUUUUUGUUUGAAUAUAAUUUCACAUUCAUUCAAAAGAAAAAUUAAUAUAUUCAUUGAUCCAAUGCAUCCCUAUAGUCUGUAUAUACAUGCUCUCAUUACAAUGUAGGCAUCAUUUACAUACACUGAGAGUUGUUAUUGAUACGUUAGAAGUUGCACUAGACAUGUCAACAAUUAACUGGCAAAUAGAUAUCACAUGACUGUCGUUUUUCUCUCCAAACUUUUACACUCAAACCAAUCGGGAAUCUCUGUUUUCUUGAUUUUUUUUUGACAAGCUAGUAACAAAAGGUUCAAGAUUGUGUAUUAUCAUGAAUGCUACAAAAUUUAUCCAAUCGAACUCAUUAUUCAUUCACAUCAUAUAUUUAAUAUUCUAGUGGUAUUCGAUAUCAUGCCACCGAACGAGUUUGCAUCUUCCAUGUCUUUCACUAAAGGCUUCAAAAUUAAGGAUGUUCCAUGAAGAAGACAAGACAAAUCAUAGUAUACGGUUCAUGUGCUACUUUGAACAUCUUGUGUUUAUGAAUGUGCGUUGCAGAAAAGUGGAGGACUACAAUCAUUUUAGUCAUUAUAAAUGAAUAUUUUAAAACUGAAAGAAGACCAUAGAAGAUUAUGUGGUAAGCUCUACGAAAUAAAUAAACAACUUAAUCAAUUGAAAGGUUUCUUAUAAUUUAGUCACGGUCGGAGGUGAUCUUUCGUGUAUAAUGUGCUCGUAGACACAGACAUGCAGAUAAGGCAUGCAAAUUGGUAGGGUAAAAUGGGCAUGCGUGGUCUGUCGAUAUGUAUAACUGAAAAUGAGAUGAGAUACGAAUAAGAAUCAAAAACAAAAGUGAGUCAUGUGGAAAUAUGUUAGUGUGGAGGACAUACUUAUAAUUGUCUGCUCUUCAUAGGACAAAAACUCCAGUUUCACUAUACUGCUCUUGUCGCUCACUACCUCUAUUUCCACCUUAAGAAGAUACCACAUCACGUAUAGUUCAACUUUUUAUUUACGUCGGUAUUCAAGUCUUUUCCGACGUAUGAACAAACUCCACUCCUUCACUGGCUUGAAAAACAUACGUAUGUCAAGUAAUAUGUGAUAAACUCAUUAUUCCUUAUAUUUGUGGUCCACAAGAUUUUUGAAUUUUCUCAAUGUUAAUGGUUUUAUAGAUCUGUUACCUAACAACAAAAAUGUGACCUUGAAAUUGAUAAAAGUAAUUUGCUGGUUUUACGACAUGGCUGAGUCAGCUUGUCCUUUGGACUAAUUAAGCCGCCAGGUUAAUGUUCAAAGCUUAGUAUGGUUCACAAGCAGCUCAGAUCAUUUCUAUAAUUUUUAUUGACACUAGCUUGUCACACGUUUCUAUAAUUUAUUACACAAUCCAAAAAACUCAUUAUCUCUUGUCUCUUUGGGUUUCAUUCACUUACAAACUAAAUAAAACUAUUUUGCUAAACCACUUUUAUAAGUGAUGACUGAAUACAAGACUCAUCACAUUUUUCUUAUACCUAGUAUACUAGUAGUUUUUAUUUCCGCUAACCCUAGCCAACUAUCCAAAUGAAGAUAUUUGGGAGACAUUUUCAAAUCUCAUCCAGUAAUAUAUUUUCUAAAUAUACUUUUAAAAUCUAGGAAGCUUUUUUUUUGUUGAAUUAAUAUAAUUUUUUUUCUCAUUGAGUAUCUCUUCUCUAAAGUGAAUAUUAUGAUUCUCAGCAAUCUUCACAUGACAUCCAACAAAUCCCUAUCUCAUAUCUCGAGUUCAGCACUCCAAACUCCAAUUUGGAUCUCGUUGCAGUACUUCUUCAAACUCUCCCUUUUUAAAAUUGUGUGAUUCCCAAGCAGUUGUAAGAAUCAAUCAACCAAUACACACACAAACAAACACAGUAUACGACUCCAGCAAGCAAUGCACACCCAUUAUGCAUUGUCUGAAAACAAGAAGAGAUGGAGGAGUUAGAGAGAACAAUACAAAAAAAAAAUCUAAAAAUCCAAAACACUUUCCAAUUAUCCCAGAAAUCUAGUCAUAGUAGACCGAGUGACAAACAAAAGCAAAUACCCCUAUUACCAAUCAAUCUCCCAUAAAUUUAUUAUCCUCUUACUCGGGGACACAUACAAAGGUUUCCUUACCUCAAAUGGUUAUUAUACUACCAAAAUGGUUUGAAUAGUUUAUCAAAAAAAAAAAAAAUGGUUUGAAUAACCAAAUCAGAAUAACCAACAAAAACCUAACUUUUUUAUGUAAAAACUUACCACUUUUAGAUCAAAUAUAUAUGUUGUAGAAUUGUUUGCACAAGUUAAAAUAAAAAAUAGAGUCUGUUAGAGCAACUUUAUCAAUGAUAUCUAAUCACAAGAUUCUCAAAAAGUUACGGAAUAUAUAAACAUAAAAAAUAGUUAGAUUGGAUAUCUCAAAACGAUGGAAACUCAACCCAAUAUAUUUCAAUUGAUUAACUGAUGUACUCUAAUAUAUCCUGCGGUUACUUCGUAAAAAUUUAAAGGGGAGGGUGAAAAAAGUUAUUAGCGAGAAGGGUAAGACCGUCAAUUCCAAUGACGAAAAACGAACCCCACUCAGUCACCUUUGCUGUUAGGCAGGGACACCUUCUUCUUUUUUUUUUUUUGAAAUUUCAAUUUUCAUUUUCCUACGAACAAAACAAAAAAAUAAAAUUCUGUUUAGCUUCCGAUGAACUCCGAAACCGUUAACCAGACGCCGCCGACGACUCCAUCCACGCCUUUCUAUGACUCCUCGGAGGACGCAAUCAACGCCGCAGUUGACUUCGAGCUCGCGGCGGUACGAGAAGUAGGAGGCGACUCAAACGGCAGCAACGGCGGCGGAGGAAGGAGCAAAGCGAAAGGACCUUGGUCGACGGAGCAGGACGCGGUGCUGACGAGGCUCGUGAACAAGCUGGGGCCGAGGAACUGGACUCUGAUAGCUCGCGGAAUCCCAGGCCGGUCUGGGAAAUCGUGCCGGUUAAGGUGGUGCAAUCAGCUCGAUCCUUGCCUCAAACGCAAACCGUUCACUGAUGAGGAGGAGAAUCUGUUAAUGUCAGCACACGCGGUUCAUGGAAACAAAUGGUCUGUGAUUGCAAAGCUCUUACCCGGUAGAACAGACAACGCCAUCAAGAACCACUGGAACUCUGCGCUUAAGCGUAAACACGCUGAUCUCUGGAACAAUCAUCACUCCAUCUCUAAUACCGUGAAUGCAUCAUCGUCCCGCAAAGAAGAAACCAAUCAUCACCCUCCCUCGGUAUCAACUGAUGUUAAAAUGGAGGAUGUAGCAAGCAAGCCUCGGGAAGGGAAGCCUGGUGUUUAUCGCCCCGUGGCGAGACUCGGUGCUUUCAGUGUCUACAGGCCUGGAUACAUGAACCAGCGUGUAGAUCCGUGCGAGGGACCUUUGGUUCAAGCAGCGAGACCCGGCUCGUUGGGUGGUCAGUUUCUUCAGUCUCUUUGUUAUCAAACUAACGUCCCUUCGAGGUGCGGUCACGGUUGCUGUAACCAACAACCAGAGAAGAGACUGUCGUCGUCGGUGCUGGGACCGGAGUUUGUGGAUUAUGAGGAGCCUUCUUCUGUGGGUUUAGACCAAGAGUUGGUUUCUAUUGCAACCGAUCUGAACAAUAUUGCGUGGAUAAGGAGUGGACUUAACAAUAGCUACGCAAGAGAAGUGGGACAGAGGUUGAAUGCUGAUAGUCGUUUUCAUUUUGAACAUGCUCGAGCUCGAGGGAAGUUUACUGGGAUGGUGAACAAUGGUAUGCCAAGUCAGAUGCUGAGGCAAGAUUUAAGGGCUUUAAUCUAACUUUUAGAGAAAAAACCAUUUCGUUUUAUAUAUUUUCUCUCUUGUAUCUGAUCGUAGAAUAUCGAAAUUUUACUAAGCAAACUUCGCGCGAUGCAGUGUUAGUGUUAUAUUUUGAUGACAAAGUGCGUGAUUUCGAUGUUCCUUUCCAGACAUUUGAGUCAGUUCUCCUUGCAAUUGAAUUGGGUUUCU